AAUGCAAUUUUUGUUAAUUUUGUUGUCAUUGAUCUCUAGUAUUGUCAACUGUCAACUCAAAAGACCAAAUAUUAUAGUUAUUGUUGCCGAUGAUUAUGGUUGGGGUGACAUCGGGUUUCACGGUUCUCAACAGGUGCGGACACCAAACCUGGAUUUGUUGGCCAGCAGUGGUAUUAUUUUGAACAACUAUUAUGUAUCGCCCAUAUGUUCGCCGUCCAGAAGUGCACUGUUGACUGGCUAUCAUCCAAUACAUACUGGUCUACAGCACGAUGUCUUAAAUGGUGGCCAACCAUAUGGUCUUCCUCUUCAAUAUAAGACAUUACCGCAAUAUUUAAAAUCAUUGGGCUAUCAAACCCAUGGUGUGGGCAAAUGGCAUCAAGGUUUCUUCCAAAGAUCAUAUAUACCCACUGAGAGAGGUUUCGAUACACAUUUCGGUUAUUGGACCGGACAUGAAGAUUAUUAUGACCGAACAUCACAAGAAAAUUGGUGGGGAAUUGAUUUCAGAGACAACGACAAGUUGGCAAAUCUUACCGAAUACGAGGGACAGUAUUCAACGGACAUCUAUACCGACAAAUCGGUGGAUAUUAUAUUGAGACAAACAGAGAAUACAUCGCAACCGUUAUUUCUAUACAUUGCUCAUCAAUCAGUUCACGCGGGGAACGGGAGGGAACCACUUCAAGCACCCGAACAAUACAUCGACCGAUUUAAACAUAUCAAAGAUCAGAGAAGACGUACUUUUGUUGCAAUGGUUUCAGCAUUAGACGACUCAAUGGGUAAAGUUUUCGCUGCCCUACAAAAAGCUGAUAUUUUAGACAACACUAUCAUUAUAUUUACUGCCGAUAACGGAGGCGCUACCGGAGGCGCGGAUGGAAAAAGUAUAGAUAAUAGUAUUGGCUCUAAUUGGCCACUAAGAGGUGCUAAGUAUACCUUAUGGGAGGGCGGCAUACGAGGCAAUGCUUUUAUUUGGAGUCCACUGUUGAAUAAACACUAUAUUAGUGAUCAUCUGAUGCAUAUCCAAGAUUGGUUGCCCACCAUAUACAGUGCCAUCGGUGGUAAUGUCCAGGACUUGGGUCCAAUUGAUGGCAUUGAUAUGUGGAAUGUAUUGAACAAUAAUCUGAAAAGUCCGCGAAAACAUGUUUUGCAUAACAUUGACCCGCUUUGGAAUGUAUGGGCGCUCCGGUAUAACAACUAUAAGCUAAUAUCGGGAUCGGUAUUCAAUGGCGACUUUGACGGAUGGUUUUUGCCGCCGGGAGAGUCAAUACACUUAUCACUAAACAACAGUAUAGCUCAUCAAACGUGUGAAGUGUAUAAAACUCUUAAACAAAUUAAUUAUAACUUUAAUGAACUAAUAAAACAAGUUGUAGUCAACUGUAAUAAGUCUCUAAAGAGUGAAUGUCAUCCAACAGUCAAACCGUGUUUGUUUGACAUUCAAUCGGAUCCGUGUGAAUACAACAACAUAUAUGAUAGAAAACCAGAUAUUGUCGAUCAUAUGCUAGUUGUGUUGUCUACUUAUAAUGCUAGUGCUGUCGCACCGGGCAAUAAACCGGUCAAUUGGAGAGCAAAUCCUGCGCUACAUAACUAUGUGUGGGAUAUCUGGAUGUGA